AUGGGCACCACAAGCAGGGAUCUGAGCACCAACAGGCUGUACGGCCCCAUUUCCCUCUACAUCACCCAACUGCCCGACCUGCAGCUGCUCAACCUGCGCAACAACCAGCUAUCUGACUUCCUCCCGUCCGACUGGUCACCGUCCCUCGCCACGCUGCUGCUAGACAACAACUACCUCUACGGCGAAGCCCGCCUCUCCUACUGCCCCUCCACCCUCUCCCUCCGCUCCAACUGCCUCACCUUCCCUUCCCCCACCUCCUCGCCCCCUUUCUCCCCCUCCUCCUCCUUCCGCUGCGCCCGCCACUCCCAGCGGCCCCUCUCCGCCUGCUUUGCCUUCUGCGGCCUCUCCUCCCCGGAUCAAAAGCCAUGCUCGGGCGUCGGCACGUGCCGGCUGGGAAAGGCAGGGAAGCCCGUGUGUGUGUGCGACGACGGGUACGUGAACCGCGCAUUGCCGGGCUCCUGUGUGCCGGAGGCGCAGAGCGAUUCCUUCUCUCUCUCCCUCGCUGACAUGCCCUCCGUGCGCCUCAAGGGCUCUGCUUCCCUGGUGGGCGGGGGAGGGGAUGUGCCUGGUUUCGUGCCGGGGUUCGUGCCGUCGCCGCAGCCGCCCGACCCGAUUCCAAAGGUAGACACUGCCAACGCAGCCAGCACUGACAGCUUUGCUGGCACUGCCGGCACUGCCGGCGCUGUCAGCACUGCCAAUGCAGCCAGCACUGCCAAUGCAGCCAGCACUGCCGGCGCUGUCAGCAUCACCAGCGCCAUCAGCACAGCCGAUCUGGUAGAUGCAGGCGAGCCGGGUGUGGACCCCGGUCCGUCCUUUGACUCGCCGCCGUCGCCGCCGCCGCCGCCGCCUUACAGCUCCUCGGAUAAGCUUGUGGUGAGCCCGGGAGUGCGCGGGGCGUGGGGCGCUGUGACGCUGCUGCCGCUCGUCACGCUCUUCACCUUCUCCACUCCGCAGGACCCCUGCGGCCGCCAGCUCGCAUUCAACUUCUCCUUCGCCUUCUCCAUGUCCUCCCACUCCGUGGCCACAAUGUGGUGCUACCACAUCCACCCCAUCUACGGCCUCACACUCGCCCAGUUUCUGGACCUGAACGGGGGGCUGUCAUGCGACGUGCCCUUGCCAGUGGGCACGGUGGUGAGUGUGAAGCCCAACGCUGAUAACGCGCUUCUUGGCUUCCUCGCGUUCCGCACCAAUUUUUCUUCCCUCCCCACCUCUGUUUCCUCUGCUACCUCCUCUUCUCCCCUCUUCCCCUCCUCCCCUCCUCUCCCUCCUUCCCCUCGUUUCCCCUCGUUUCCCCUCCUCCCCUCCUCCCCUCGUCACCUCGUGCCCUCCAUCAAUCUUCCUCACUUUCACAUUCACGGUAUUAACGACACGUGUGAGUCCAUAGCCGCCAAAUUCUCCCUCACCUCCUCCUGCCCGGACCCCUCCCAGCCCUGCACCACCGACCUCCUUCUCCUCAACCCGGGCCUCGACUGCACCCCCACGAAGCUCCCUACCAGCCUCUCCAUCUGCCUCGAGCGCGCCACGCCUCUCAUGCCCAUGUGCGAGGAGUCUAUAAUGGUGCAGAGUGCGGGGAACGCGACGUGUGCGUCGCUGCUGGCGGGAAGGCAGCCGCCGUUGAGUGCACUGGAGCUCUACCGCAUGAACCCCGGCAUCUACUGCCACCACCUGCUGCCGCCCUCCACCGACUCGGGGUUCCCGGGGUCCGAGGUGUGUGUUAAAAUGAGAAUGGACAUGUCAUUCGGCUCUUGCCCAUUGUCUGAGGUCUAUAUUGCAACAGACAAUGACAGAUGCAGUGCCAUCCAGUUCAGCUACUACUCGCGCGGCGGUAAUAGGUGUCGUGCCGAGGCGUAUUCCCUACUCGCCGCCGCGCAGAUCAUAAACGAGGCAGACAUGGCGGUGCUGGCGGAUCUCAAGGCGGAGUGGGGCGCGUUUCCGGGGAGUGCCACGUGGCAGAGCGGCAGAGAGUGCGCGCGGAUGGCGGGAGUGACAUGCGACAAGAAUGGCUUCGUGCAAAAGCUCAACCUGCGCAACAACCAGCUCUCCGACUUCCUCCCCUCAGACUGGUCACCGUCCAUCGCCACGCUCCUCCUAGACAACAACUACCUCUACGGCGAAGCCCGGCUCUCCUACUGCCCCAGCACCCUCUCCCUCCGCUCCAACUGCCUCACCUUCCCUCCCCCCUCCUCCUCCAUCCCCUGCACGAAUCACCCCCAGCGUCCCCUCUCCGCCUGCCUCGCCUUCUGCGGGCUUUCCUCCGAUCAGAAACCCUGCUCAGGUGUCGGCACGUGCCGAUUAGGCAAGGCAGGGAAGCCCGUGUGUGAGUGCGAGGACGGGUACGUGACCCGUGUGUCGCCAGGCUCCUGUGUGCCGGAGGCACAGACCGAGUCCUUCGUGCUCUCCCUCGCCGACUCGCCCUCCGUGCGCCUCAAGGGCUCUGCUUCCCUCGUGGAGGGAAGGGGAGUGGAGCCGUCGGGGGUUGCGCCGCUGCAGCCACCACAGUCGCCCGACCCGAUUCCAAAGCCAGGCACUGCCAAUGCAGCCAGCGCCGUAAGCAGUGCGAGCAGCAGCAUCAGCACUGCAGAUCUCGUAGACGCAGCAGCACCGCCGCCUUCACCACCGCCGCCGUCACCGCCGCCACCACCGCCGCCUUACAGCUCCUCGGGUAAGCUUGUGGUGAGCCCGGGAGUGCGCGGGGCGUGGGGCGCCGUGACGCUGCUGCCGCUCGUCACGCUCUUCACCUUCUCCACUCCGCAGGACCCCUGCGGCCGCCAGCUCGCCUUCAACUUCUCCUUUGCCUUCUCCAUGUCUGCCCAGUCUGCAGGAGAUGUGCAGCCAGGCAUAGCGUUGCUGGAUGUGCCUCUCUCGCUCUGCUCCGUGCUCAAGCCGUCGCCGUCGCGGCCCUCGGUGUUCCUCUCAUUCUCAGCAUCCUCCUCCAUCUGGGGUGUGCAUCAGGACCACCGUGUGCUCUGGUGGGACCUGCAGACAGGCCCGUCAGACCCCUGCUUUGGCAUCGCUCGCAUGUCUCCUUCCAGCGUCUACUGUCGCUCCGGCAUCUCCUCCUGCCCUGGGCAAGCCACGUUAUCUGCCGGGAAUGGGAGUGCCACUGGUGGUAGCACUGGUGACAGCGCUGGUGGGGUGGUCACCAAUGAGUUUGCACCAAGAGGAGGAGAUGGCGGGGGCGGAGAAGGAGGAGUAGGGGCGCAACAGCUAGGAGGAAAGACUGGAGGCUGCGUAACUGAUGUGUGCAGUGCGGGUGACAGGAACCCAUGCGUUGUGGGCAACUGUGUGAAUGACGGCUACGGCUCGUACACCUGCGUGUGCCCACCUGGUUUCUACCUCGGCACCUCCGAUAUCGGCGCCCCCUCCUGCGCCCCUGGCAUCAGCACGGGCUUUUAUCUGGUGACAGUGGCCACAAUGUGGUGUUACCACAUCCACCCCAUCUAUGGGCUCACACUCGCCGAGUUCUUGUACCAAAAUGGGGGGUUGUCAUGCGACGUGCCCUUGCCAGUGGGCACGGAGGUGAGCGUGAAGCCCCCUGACAUCAGGUCCUGCACCGCUUUCUACACCACUGUCCAGAACGACACGUGUCUAUCCGUAGCCGCAAAUUUCUCUCUCAUCUCCUCCUGCCCGGACCCCUCCCAGCCCUGCACCACCGACCUCCUCCGCCUCAACCCCGGCCUCGACUGCUCCACCAACAAGCUCCCUACCAGCCUCUCCAUCUGCCUCGAGCGGGGCACGCCUCUCAUGCCCAUGUGCGAGCAGUCUGUGCGGGUGCAGAGCGUGGGGAAUGCGACGUGUGCGAAGCUUCUGGCAGGGAUGGACCCGCCGCUGAGUGCGCUGGAGCUCUACCGCAUGAACCCCGGCAUCUACUGCCACCGCCUGCUGCCACCCUUCCGGGAUACGGGCUUUCCGGGCUCCGAGGUGUGUGUUUUAAUGAGAACGGACACGUCAUUUGGCUCGUGUCCCUCAUCUGAGGUCUACAUUAAUAGUCGAGAGCGCGGCGCGCAUCUGGGGCAUGCGGCCAUGGCGCCACGUGUCGUCUGGAGGCUUCUCCUCGUGAGCGGGCUCGUGAGCCUCUUGGGGUUCGCGUCGGCGCCAUGUGCGGCGGACGGCACGGCGGACGACGACACGGUGCGCGAGUGGGUCAUGCCCGAGGGCAAGAACCUCACACUUCAUGUGCUCGCCGAUAACACCUAUGGCGCCAAGUGCCUGGACGGCAGUCCACCGGGGUACUUUCUACGGCGCGGGAGUGGUGCGGGGAAGGAGGCAUGGCACAUAUUCUUGCCGGGCGGGGGGUGGUGCGCCACUGCGGAGGACUGCGCUGCGCGCGCCGCCACCGCCAUGGGGUCCACGCGGCCCUGGACGCCCCGACGCAAGAGCGCGCGGCACCUGGCGGUGCUGUUCAAGGGCAUCCUGAGCCCCUUGCGGCGGCGCAACCCCAACUUCUACGACUGGAACCUGGUGGUGCCGCUGUACUGCGACGGGGGCGGGUACGCUGGGCGCGCGGGGUGGAAGAAGGUGAACGACAGCACGGCCAUUUUUAUGGACGGCUGGCGCAUCAUGAAGGCCGUGCUCUCCGACCUGAUGGACCAUAGGGGCCUCAAGUCCGCGACGCAGGUGCUGCUGUCAGGGUGUUCUGCAGGGGGCCAGGCGGUGGUGAUGCUGUGCGAUCAAGUCGAGACUUUACUGCCUUCCGCCACCGUCAAGUGUCUCAUGGAUGGAGGCUUCUUUCUCGAUGCAAGGGACAGGAAUAAUAACCUCCGGUUCCGCUCCUUGGUCCAACGUGUUACGACACUACACCAGGCCACUGGAAACGCCCGCUGCAGUAGAGCCCACGAGGACGAGGAGAAGUGGCGGUGCUUUUUCCCUCAGUACGCUUUGGGCUACAUCUCCUCCACCAUCUACGUUGUGAACCCUCUCUUUGACUACGCUGCUCUGAGCAUUGGCAACCAGCUGCCCAACAAGACAUCCAGCAUCGCACGGUGCCUGCACGACAUAACCGUUGACAUGCCAUCCCUCACCGAGUCUAUCCGGAACAACUCAUGGACGAGCAUGACAUACAAGGAUAACAGUCCGUGCACGGAAAACGAGCAGAAGGCCGUGGUGACUGUUGCUGGGACUAUGUACAACGAGGUGAAGACGCUUGUGAAAAAAGAGCCGAGAGUUGGUGCGUAUUUGACGGAUACUGUGGCUCAUUGCAGCACGGUGUACUCGUCUUGGGCGAAGGUUUCGGUUAAUGGAGUCACAGAGCAGGUGUUCUGCUUCCCUUACGAGAGCGAAGGAGAAAGAGGGACCCGUGCCGUGGGCGACAUGGCGGCGGCUUUGGCGACCGUCGCGAAGGCGAAGGACGGGUCGCACGUGUCGCUGGACGGCGUGCGCGACAAGAACGUGGGGCAGCUGCGAAAGCUGAACGCGGCGAUGUUUCCCGUCAAGUACCAGGAGAAAUACUACAGCGACGCCAUGGCUGCUGGCGAAUACACUAAACUGGCGUUCUACAGCGACGUGCACGUGGGCGCGGUGGCGUGUCGGCUAGAGCGCGAGGCGGGCAGCGGCGGCGGCGUGAAGGUCUACAUCAUGACGCUCGGCGUGCUCGCGCCCUACCGCCGCCUCGGCAUCGGCUCGUUGCUGCUGCAGCAUGUGCUGAGUCAGUGCGAAGCAGAGGGGUCAGGCGUACGAGAGGUCUACCUGCACGUGCAGACCAACAACGAGGAGGCCAUUGCCUUCUACUCGCGCUUUGGCUUCGCUAUAACGGACACCAUUAAGAACUACUACCGCCGCCUGCAACCUCCCGACUGCUACGUGCUCUCGCGGUCGUUUGGCCCGGGGGCCACCGCCGGCGCCCAGCAGAACGGCACUGCUGCUGCUCCAGGGCAAUAA